UAGCUAAAAUAGCUAAUAAUCUCAACAUAGACCUGUAAUCAACCCUACACGAACCUUUAAAUAUUUAGUCACGUUUUUAUAGACGUUAUUUUCAAAUUUGAAGCCCUGUUUAAGUGGCUAUAUUGAUGCAGCAUUAUCCCCCAUACGGUCCGGUAAAGUUAUUCGUGCUCCUGUUUUGUUGGGGUUUAUUUUGUUCGCGGACAACUAGCUAUGUUUUUUCACAAACAAAUUAAAAACAGCUAGCCGGUUAGCCUUAAUCAGUAGCUGUGCAAAUCGUACCAUAUUAAAUCGGCAUUCUUUUUGACGGCAUGGGGGAGAAGCCUUUGAGAGUCCUCGCUUGUGGUGACGUGGAAGGUAAAAUCACCGCUCUGUUCAACCGAGUGAACGCGAUACAAAGAAAGAGCGGGGAGUUUGAUGUGUUGCUCUGCGCGGGUGAUUUCUUUGGCACGUCUCCUGAGGCUGUAGCGGAAUGGGAGACAUACCAGUCUGGCGCUAAGAAAGCGCCUAUCCAUACAUACAUACUGGGGGCCGCCAGUCAAGACACCGUGAAAUAUUUCCCCAGCUCUGAUGGUUGUGAAUUGGCCGAAAAUAUCAUAUAUUUAGGGCGGAGGGGUAUUUUCACAGGGGCUUCUGGCCUCCAGAUUGCAUAUGUCAGUGGCAGAGAGGCCCAACAGGAUCCUGCACCUGCACACUGCUUUACCUCAAAAGAUCUCACAGCCCUGGUUACUCCGCUCAUGUCCAAUUCCAAAUUUAAAGGGGUUGACAUCCUCUUGACCUCACAGUGGCCUCGGGGAGUGUGGCAGUAUGGGAAUAACCCGGAAAUUGAUAUAAAGUUUUGUGGCGUUUCCUCCAUCGCUAAUCUUGCAGAAAAGCUGAAGCCUCGUUAUCACUUUGCAGCUUUGGAAGGGGCUUACUAUGAGCGACUGCCAUACAGAAACCAUGUGGUUCUACAAGAGAAUGCACAGCAUGUUAGUAGAUUUAUUGCAUUGGCAGCAGUUAACAACCCUGGUAAGAAAAAGUAUUUGUAUGCAUUUAACAUCGUCCCAAUGAAAAAUAUGGACCCUGCAGAGUUGGUAAAACAGCCUCAGGAUGUCACAGAGAGCCCUUACAGGAAAGCCCUUAAAGAGGGCAGAAAGGAGACGCUCCCUCCCUCUGCAGCUGCCGAUGAGCAGGAGGAGCCUCCGUCUCAGUUCUUCUUCGACCUGGGCCAGAAGAAGAAACCGCAGCAACAGCGGCAACAGCAUUUCUGCUCCGAGCAGCAGCACGGCGCGGGGAGGAAGAGGCAGUCGGAUCGGGAGGCAGCCGGCCAGCCGAAACAGCCCCGCAGGCCCCCUCAGCCUACUGGACCCUGCUGGUUCUGCUUAGCCAGUCCCGAGGUGGAGAAGCACCUGGUCAUCAGUAUUGGGACACACUGUUACAUGGCUGUGGCCAAGGGCUGCCUCACCCCAGACCACGUGCUACUGCUGCCCAUCGGACACUACCAGUCCGUGGUGGACCUGCCCUCCGACGUGGUGGAAGAGCUGGAGAAGUACAAGAGUGCUGUCAGGAAGUACCACGAGAGCCGCGGCCAGCGCUGCGUGCUGUUCGAGAGGAGCUACCGCAGCCUGCACCUCCAGCUGCAGGUGGUGCCUGUGCCCAUGGACCAGUGCAGUACAGAGGACAUUAAAGAGGCCUUCAUGGUGCAGGCUCAGGAGCAGCAGAUGGAGCUGAUGGAGAUCCCAGAGCACACAGACCUCAAGCAGAUCGCCCCACCGGGAACCCCAUACUUCUACGUGGAGUUAGACACAGGAGAAAAGCUGUUUUACCGCAUCAAGAAGAACUUCCCACUGCAGUUUGGCAGGGAAGUCCUGGCGAGUGAGGCAGUUUUGAACAUCCCAACGCGGUCAGACUGGAGAGAGUGUAAAUACAGCAAAGACGAGGAGGAGGCUCUGACCAAACGGGUCCGUUCUGACUUCCAGCCUUUCGACUUCAGCCUGGAUGACUGAGGGACAUGCCGCACAUCAUUACUGUUCCUUGAGUGUGAAAAAAAACACACACUUGACCCACUUGGUCUUGCUGAAAGCAUCUCUUUUUCAUGUGCAGUACACAUUUUCUAGAUGUUCUUUUUAUGCUUUUAAACUGAUGUCAUCAGAGCCCUUUGCUCUUAAAUUUUGAUUCAAUGGCUAAGACAAAGGCUAAAUCAGCAUAUGACUGGAAGACCUGUCUUUACCUGAAGUGUUUUUAAAUCAAAGCUUGGGGUGCAACUAGAGUUCAUGAAUAGAUAUUUUUUACCCAGUCGUCCCAAAUUAAAAAAUGAUUUUUAA